UUUAAAGUAAAAAUGGUCGCUUUCUUCUGUCCAAAUGAAAGUUAAAUAAUUUUAUUUUAUCGUAUGAUUCAUCAUCUAUUUAACGCACAAAGGUAUACUUGAAGGGUACGAGUUCAUAGUUUCAAGGGUGCAACAAGAUGAGUGAUCUGUUGUGGAUUACAGGACUGUGUGUUAUAGCCUUAGUGGUUGUGAGGAUUAGCCAUUGGUGGUACCGAUGGUCAAACCCUAAGUUCAACGGCAAGUUACCUCCGGGAUCAAUGGGUUUCCCGAUCAUCGGAGAGACAUUCCACUUCUACAAGCCUCAUGGAUUCUACGAGAUCUCACCUUUUUUCAAGAAGAGGAUGUCAAAGUACGGGCCUUUGUUUCGAACGAACAUUCUAGGAUUCAAAACCGUGGUUUCGACAGAUAAAGAUGUGAACAUGGAGAUUUUGCGGCAAGAGAACAAGUCUUUCAAUUUAAGUUAUCCGGAUGGUUUAGUGAAGUCACUGGGAAAAGAGAGCAUAUUUUUCAAGACCGGGAACAUUCACAAGCACAUCAAACUAAUAAGUAUGCAGCUUGUGGGUUCGGAGAAUUUGAAGCGGAAUAUAUUAAAAGAUAUGGACCGCGUGACCCGCGAGCAUCUCAGUUUGAAGGCUAGCCAAGGAAGAUUCGAUGUUAGGGAUGCAGUUUUCAGUAUGAUAACAGCUCACUUGACACCAAAAAUGAUAAGUAACCUCAAACCAGAGACUCAAGCAAAGCUUAUGGAUAAUUUCAAGGCCUUCAGUUUCGAUUGGUUUCGGCCAUCUUUUACUCUAGAGGCCUUGAAGGGAAUCUACAAAACUCUUCGGGCAUGCCGAGAUGGGAUGAAGCUGUUAAACGAAGUUUACUCGAAGAGGAAUGCGUCAACAGAAAAGCACGAUGACUUCCUUAACACGGUGAUGGAAGAGCUUGAGAAAGAAGGAAGCUUAGUGACCCAAGAUGCGAUUGUAAGCCUCAUCUUUGUUCUUUCAUGUGUCACUCAGGAGCUCACCGUUAAGACCAUUUGUUUCGCUGUCAAAUUCCUAUCGGAAAACCCAAAAGUUCUCGCUGAACUGAAGAGAGAGCACGAGGCGAUCCUUGAAAGCAGAGAAGAUAAAGAAGGUGGAGUUACUUGGGAAGAAUACAGACACAAGAUGACUUUCACCAACAUGGUUAUCAAUGAGACGCUUCGAUUAGCAAACAUGGCUCCGGUUGUGUUUAGAAAGGCGGUAGAGGAUGUGGAAAUCAAUGGAUACACUAUUCCAGCUGGUUGGGUAGUGUUGGUUGCAACUUCAGUGGUUCAUUUUGAUUCUGAAGUCUAUGAAAACCCUUUCGAGUUUAAUCCAUGGAGAUGGGAGGGGAAAGAGGUGCGGUCUGGGUCGAAAACAUUCAUGGUGUUUGGUGGAGGAGUUAGACAGUGCGUUGGUGCAGAAUUUGCGAGACUUCAGAUUUCAAUUUUCCUCCACCAUCUUAUCACAACUUACGAUUUCUCGUUGUUCAAAGGCUCUGAGGUGAUUCGAGCGCCAGCUGUUUUCUUCCCCGAGGGCAUUUCAAUAAACAUCUCCAAAUGUUCCACAUGACCUUAUCGCAGACAUCCUCUUACUAUAUAAAUCUCCUUCGUUUCGUCUUUGUUUUUCCUAAACAUUAUAAUAUAAUGCUCGCGAUUUCAAUAUCUUCUACAAGCAAACUCUACAAAUUAAAUAACUUAUAUGAACUUUUAGUCCCGUGAGAAUAAUAAUAUCUUCUACAACUCUA